AUGGAUUUGGCUUCAGAAGAUGACAAUCUUGGAUGCUCGUUGAACCAAGAGUCCAGUGAUAAAACAAGUGAUCACCAUUCUGAAAAGAAAGAAGACUCAAAACUAAAAUCUCCUUAUGUUGGAAUGUUUUUCGAAACAUUGAAGGAGGCCGAACAAUAUUAUGAAGAUUACGGUCGACAAGAAGGUUUUUGGACUCGUAUCCGAAGUUCAUCAAAGUAUAGAUCACAGUCAAGUGAAGUGACAAGUAGAUUAUUUGUUUGUGCACAUGAAGGUAAACAUGUCAUGCAAACUGAAAAAGAAGAUGAUCUGGAAGAGAAAGACGAGAGAGCUGAGAGUGAUGAGGCAGAAAUAUGUGAUAUACAGGUUGAAAAGAAGAGGCGUAGAAGUUGUUCAACUGUAAAGUGUGGGUGCAAGGCUAAUAUGCGAAUUCUUCAUGACAAAUGGACAAGAAAAUGGAAAGUUUCAGUUUUCAGUGACAUCCACAACCAUAAAGUAGUGUCACCAGCUCGAAGAAUGAUGAUGAAGUCAAAUAAACAUAUGCCUGAUGCAGCAAAAGAUUUAACUGAAGCUUUUCAGAGAGAGAACUUGCGAAUCAGUAAAGUUCCUUCAAUGUUUGGCGGUGCUCAUAGUACUGGUUUUGACAAUAGGGACUGCUAUAAUCAUUUAAGGAACGUGAGGCACAAAGAGUUGGAAUAUGGAGAUGCACAAUCGGUCUUCAAUUACUUUAGAAAAAAGCAAGCAGAAAAUCCGCAUUUCUUUUAUGCUAUUCAGUGUGAUGAAGAUGGUAGAGCUACUAACUUUUUUUUGGUGGACUCUAGAUCAAGGAUGGCGUAUCAGUAUUUUGGGGAUGUAGUGACAUUUGAUACAACAUAUCGGACAAACAAGUAUGAUAUGCCUUUUGCACCAUUUACUGGAGUUAACCAUCACUUCCAAUCCAUACAAUUUGGAUGUGCACUUUUGCAAGAUGAGACCGAGUCAACUUUUCAAUGGUUAUUUGAGACGUGGCUUGAAGCUAUGGGAGGUCGGCAUCCAUUAUGUAUUAUCACUGACCAAGAUUUGGCAAUGAAAGGAGCAAUUGCUAAGAUUUUUCCUGCUACUCGUCACCGCCUUUGCAUUUGGCAUAUAAAGAAGAAGUUUGAUGAAAAGUUGUCACAUGUAUAUUAUAAGAAGUCCAACUUCAAGACCGUCAUGAAAAAGUGUAUAUGGGCAACAUACAAGGUAGAUGAUUUUGAAGAGCAAUGGAAAAAGUUAAUUGAGGAGCAUGAUUUGGGACCGAAUGAAUGGCUACAACAACUCUAUGAAAUCCGUGAAUCCUAG